AUGAUGAUGAUGAUGAUGAUGAAAAAAAUGCAGCAUCAACGGCAGCAGCAAGCGGACCACGCGAACGAAGCAAACUAUGCAAGAGGCACCAGAUUCUCUCUUUCUGGUGAAGGACCAACUUCUCAACCGAAUAGCUCCAAGCAAACCGUCUUGUCUUGGCAAGCUGCAAUCGAUGCUGCUAGACAGGCCAAGGCUGCCCAAACUAUGAGCACCUCCGCCCCCCCACCUGUAGGAUCUCUCUCCCAAAGAAAACGUCAGCAAUACGCCAAGAGCAAAAAACAGGGUAACUCCUCCAACAGCCGACCUGCCCGCGCCCUUUUCUGUUUAUCACUCAAUAACCCCAUCCGAAGAGCCUGCAUUAGUAUAGUGGAAUGGAAACCAUUUGACAUAUUUAUAUUAUUGGCUAUUUUUGCCAAUUGUGUGGCCUUAGCUAUUUACAUCCCAUUCCCUGAAGAUGAUUCUAAUUCAACAAAUCAUAACUUGGAAAAAGUAGAAUAUGCCUUCCUGAUUAUUUUUACAGUCGAGACAUUUUUGAAGAUUAUAGCAUAUGGAUUAUUGCUACAUCCUAAUGCUUAUGUUAGGAAUGGAUGGAAUUUACUGGAUUUUGUUAUAGUAAUAGUAGGAUUGUUUAGUGUAAUUUUGGAACAAUUAACCAAAGAAACAGAAGGCGGUAACCACUCUAGUGGCAAAUCGGGAGGCUUUGAUGUCAAAGCCCUCCGUGCCUUUCGAGUGUUACGACCACUUCGACUAGUAUCAGGAGUGCCCAGUUUACAAGUUGUCCUGAACUCCAUUAUAAAAGCCAUGGUCCCCCUCCUUCACAUAGCCCUUUUGGUAUUAUUUGUAAUCAUAAUCUAUGCUAUUAUAGGAUUGGAACUUUUUAUUGGAAAAAUGCACAAAACAUGUUUUUUUGCUGACUCAGAUGUCGUAGCUGAAGAGGACCCAGCACCGUGUGCGUUCUCAGGGAAUGGACGCCAGUGUUCUGCCAAUGGCACGGAGUGUAGGAGUGGCUGGGUUGGCCCAAAUGGAGGCAUCACCAACUUUGAUAACUUUGCCUUUGCCAUGCUCACCGUGUUUCAGUGCAUCACCAUGGAGGGUUGGACAGAUGUGCUCUACUGGGUAAAUGAUGCGAUAGGAUGGGAAUGGCCAUGGGUGUAUUUUGUUAGUCUGAUCAUCCUUGGCUCAUUUUUCGUCCUUAACCUGGUUCUUGGUGUCCUUAGUGGAGAAUUCUCAAAGGAAAGAGAGAAAGCUAAAGCACGGGGAGAUUUCCAGAAGCUCCGGGAGAAGCAGCAGCUAGAAGAGGAUCUAAAGGGCUACUUGGACUGGAUUACCCAAGCAGAAGAUAUUGACCCUGAGAAUGAGGAAGAAGGAGGAGAGGAAAGCAAACGAAAUACCAGCAUGCCGACCAGCGAGACAGAGUCUGUGAACACGGAGAACGUAAGUGGUGAAGGCGAGAACCAAGGCCGCUGUGGAAGUCUCUGGUGCUGGUGGAAAAGAAGAGGUGCGGCCAAGGCUGGGCCCUCUGAGUGUCGGCGGUGGGGUCAAGCCAUCUCAAAAUCCAAGCUCAGCCGACGCUGGCGUCGCUGGAACCGAUUCAAUCGCAGAAGAUGUAGGGCUGCUGUGAAGUCUGUCACGUUUUACUGGCUGGUUAUUGUCCUGGUGUUUCUCAACACCUUAACCAUUUCCUCUGAGCACUAUAACCAGCCUGACUGGUUGACGCAGAUUCAAGAUAUCGCGAACAAAGUCCUCCUGGCUCUGUUCACCUGCGAGAUGCUAGUAAAAAUGUACAGCUUGGGUCUCCAGGCAUAUUUCGUCUCUCUCUUUAAUCGGUUUGAUUGCUUCGUGGUGUGUGGCGGAAUUACGGAAACGAUCUUGGUGGAGCUGGAAAUCAUGUCUCCCCUGGGGAUCUCCGUAUUUCGGUGUGUGCGCCUCUUACGAAUUUUCAAAGUGACUAGGCACUGGACGUCCCUGAGUAACUUAGUGGCAUCCUUGUUAAACUCCAUGAAGUCCAUUGCGUCGCUGUUGCUUCUGCUCUUUCUCUUCAUCAUCAUCUUUUCCCUGCUUGGGAUGCAGCUGUUUGGAGGCAAGUUUAAUUUUGACGAAACGCAGACCAAGCGGAGCACCUUUGACAAUUUCCCUCAAGCACUUCUAACGGUGUUCCAGAUUCUGACAGGUGAAGACUGGAAUGCUGUGAUGUAUGAUGGCAUUAUGGCGUAUGGAGGGCCGUCAUCUUCGGGAAUGAUCGUCUGCAUCUACUUCAUCAUACUCUUCAUUUGUGGUAACUAUAUCCUACUGAAUGUCUUCUUGGCCAUCGCUGUAGACAAUUUGGCUGAUGCUGAAAGUUUGAAUACUGCUCAGAAAGAAGAAGCUGAAGAAAAGGAAAGGAAAAAGAUUGCUAGGAAAGAAAGUCUGGAAAAUAAAAAGAACAACAAACCGGAAGUCAAUCAGAUAGCCAACAGAGACAACAAGGUUACAAUUGAUGACUACCGAGAAGAGGAUGAGGACAAGGACCCCUACCCACCUUGUGAUGUACCAGUAGGUGAAGAGGAGGAGGAAGAGGAGGAGGAGGAUGAACCUGAGGUUCCCGCUGGACCCCGUCCUCGCAGGAUUUCGGAGUUGAACAUGAAGGAGAAAAUCGUCCCCAUCCCCGAAGGGAGCGCUUUCUUCAUUCUUAGCAAGACCAAUCCGAUCCGCGUGGGCUGCCACAAGCUCAUCAACCACCACGUAUUCACCAAUCUCAUCCUUGUCUUCAUCAUGCUGAGCAGUGCCUCCCUCGCCGCUGAGGACCCCAUCCGCAGCCACUCCUUCCGGAACACCAUACUGGGUUACUUUGACUAUGCUUUCACAGCCAUCUUUACUGUUGAAAUCCUGUUAAAGAUGACGACUUUUGGAGCUUUCCUCCACAAAGGAGCCUUCUGCAGGAACUACUUCAAUUUGCUGGAUAUGCUGGUUGUUGGGGUAUCUCUGGUGUCAUUUGGGAUCCAAUCCAGUGCCAUUUCUGUUGUGAAGAUUCUGAGGGUCUUAAGGGUCCUGAGGCCGCUCAGGGCAAUCAACAGAGCGAAAGGACUCAAGCACGUCGUCCAGUGCGUCUUUGUGGCCAUCCGGACAAUCGGCAACAUCAUGAUUGUCACCACCCUUCUCCAGUUCAUGUUUGCCUGCAUCGGGGUCCAGUUGUUCAAGGGAAAGUUCUAUCGCUGCACAGAUGAAGCCAAAAGUAAUCCUGAAGAAUGCAGGGGGCUUUUCAUCCUCUACAAGGAUGGAGAUGUUGAUAACCCUGUGGUCCGUGAGAGGAUCUGGCAAAACAGUGAUUUCAACUUUGACAAUGUCCUUUCUGCUAUGAUGGCCCUUUUCACGGUCUCCACGUUUGAGGGCUGGCCUGAGUUGCUGUACAAAGCCAUUGACUCGAACGGAGAGAACGUCGGCCCCAUCUACAACUACCGUGUGGAGAUCUCCAUCUUCUUCAUCAUCUACAUCAUCAUCGUCGCUUUUUUCAUGAUGAACAUCUUCGUGGGUUUUGUCAUCGUCACCUUCCAGGAGCAGGGAGAGAAAGAGUAUAAGAACUGUGAGCUGGACAAAAAUCAGCGUCAGUGUGUUGAAUACGCCUUGAAAGCACGUCCCUUGCGGAGAUACAUCCCCAAAAACCCUUACCAGUACAAGUUCUGGUACGUGGUGAACUCCUCGCCUUUCGAAUACAUGAUGUUUGUCCUCAUCAUGCUCAACACGCUCUGCUUGGCCAUGCAGCACUAUGAGCAGUCCAAGAUGUUUAAUGAUGCCAUGGACAUCUUGAACAUGGUCUUCACUGGGGUGUUCACGGUUGAGAUGGUUUUGAAAGUCAUUGCAUUUAAACCUAAGGGGUAUUUUAGUGACGCCUGGAAUACGUUUGACUCCCUCAUCGUAAUCGGCAGCAUUAUAGACGUGGCCCUCAGCGAAGCCGACCCAACUGAAAGUGAAAAUGUCCCUGUCCCAACUGCUACACCUGGGAACUCUGAAGAGAGCAAUAGAAUCUCCAUCACCUUUUUCCGUCUUUUCCGAGUGAUGCGAUUGGUGAAGCUUCUCAGCAGGGGGGAAGGCAUCCGGACACUGCUGUGGACUUUUAUUAAGUCCUUUCAGGCACUCCCAUAUGUCGCCCUUCUCAUAGCCAUGUUGUUCUUCAUCUACGCGGUUAUCGGCAUGCAGAUGUUUGGGAAAGUUGCCAUGAGAGAUAACAACCAGAUCAACAGGAACAACAAUUUCCAGACCUUUCCCCAGGCGGUGCUGUUGCUCUUCAGGUGUGCGACAGGUGAGGCCUGGCAAGAGAUCAUGCUGGCCUGCCUCCCAGGGAAGCUCUGUGACCCUGAGUCGGACUACAGCCCUGGGGAGGAGUACACGUGUGGGAGCAACUUUGCCAUUGUGUAUUUCAUCAGUUUUUACAUGCUUUGUGCAUUUCUGAUCAUCAACCUGUUUGUGGCUGUCAUCAUGGACAACUUUGAUUAUCUGACUCGGGACUGGUCUAUUCUGGGGCCUCACCAUUUAGAUGAAUUCAAAAGAAUAUGGUCAGAAUAUGAUCCCGAGGCAAAGGGAAGGAUCAAGCACCUCGACGUGGUCACUCUGCUCCGCCGUAUCCAGCCUCCCCUGGGGUUUGGGAAGUUAUGUCCACACAGAGUAGCCUGUAAGAGACUGGUUGCCAUGAACAUGCCUCUUAACAGUGAUGGGACAGUCAUGUUUAAUGCAACCCUGUUUGCUUUGGUUCGAACAGCUCUGAAAAUCAAGACUGAAGAACAUUUCGAGGUGACUCAUGCCACUGAUUACUACAGAGCAGAAGAAAUAGGGAAAGGAAAUAAACUCACCUAUGUCAGGGCAUUGGGAUUUGGAUGGUUAAUUGCCCUUGGUGUUCAUGAUGAUGAGGUAACCGUGGGGAAGUUCUAUGCCACUUUCCUGAUACAGGACUACUUUAGGAAAUUCAAGAAACGGAAAGAACAAGGACUGGUGGGAAAAUACCCUGCGAAGAACACCACAAUCGCCCUACAGGCGGGAUUAAGGACACUGCAUGACAUCGGGCCAGAAAUCCGGCGUGCUAUAUCAUGUGAUCUGCAAGAUGAUGAGCCCGAGGAAACAAAAGGAGAGGAAGAGGAAGAUGUAUUCAAAAGAAAUGGUGCCCUGCUUGGAAACCAUGUCAAUCAUGUUAAUAGUGAUAGGAGAGAUUCCCUUCAGCAGACCAAUACCACCCACCGUCCCCUGCAUGUCCAAAGGCCUUCAAUUCCACCUGCAAGUGAUACUGAGAAACCGCUGUUUCCUCCAGCAGGAAAUUCGGUGUGUCAUAACCAUCAUAACCAUAAUUCCAUAGGAAAGCAAGUUCCCAGCUCAACAAAUGCCAAUCUCAAUAAUGCCAAUAUGUCCAAAGCUACCCCUGGAAAGCGGCCCAGCAUUGGGAACCUUGAGCAUGUGUCUGAAAAUGGGCAUCAUUCCUCCCACAAGCAUGACCAUGAGCCUCAAAGAAGGUCCAGUAUUAAAAGAACCCGCUAUUAUGAAACUUACAUUAGGUCCGACUCAGGAGAUGAGCAGUUCCCAACUAUUUGCCGGGAAGACCCAGAGAUACACAGCUACUUCAGGGACCCCCGCUGCUUGGGAGACCAGGAGUACUUCAGUGGGGAGGAAUGCUACGAGGACGACAGCUCGCCAACGGAGAGCAGGCAAAACUACAUUUACUACAACCGAUACCCAGGCAGCAACUUGGACUUUGAGCGGCCCCGAGGCUACCAUCACCCCCAAGGCUUCUUGGAGGACGAUGACUCGCCCGUUGGCUAUGAUUCCCGGAGAUCUCCAAGAAGACGUCUACUACCUCCCACCCCCACAUCCCACCGAAGAUCCUCCUUCAACUUCGAGUGCCUGCGUCGGCAGAGCAGUCAGGAGGAGGUCCCACCGUCCCCCACCUUCCCCCACCGCACGGCCCUGCCUCUGCACCUGAUGCAGCAACAGAUCAUGGCAGUUGCAGGCCUAGAUUCAAGUAAAGCGCAGAAGUACUCACCGAGCCACUCAACCCGGUCAUGGGCCACUCCUCCAGCGACCCCACCACACCAGGACUGGACGCCGUGCUACACCCCCCUGAUCCAGGUCGAGCAGUCGGAGGCCCUGGACCAGAUCAAUGGUAGCCUGCCGUCCCUGCACCGCAGCUCGUGGUACACGGACGAGCCUGGCAUCUCCUAUCGGACCUUCACACCAGCCAGCCUGACUGUCCCCAGCAGCUUCCGCAACAAAAACAGCGACAAGCAGAGGAGUGCAGACAGCUUGGUCGAGGCAGUCCUGAUAUCCGAGGGCUUAGGACGAUAUGCAAGGGACCCAAAAUUCGUGUCAGCAACAAAACACGAAAUUGCCGAUGCCUGUGACCUAACGAUUGAUGAGAUGGAGAGUGCAGCCAGCAACCUGCUUAAUGGGAAUGUGCAUCCCCGGGCUAACGGGGACAUGGGCCUUGUCUCAAGCAGGCAGGACUAUGAGCUCCAGGACUUCGGGCCAGGCUACAGCGACGAAGAGCCAGACCCCGGGAGAGAGGAGGAGGACCUGGCGGAUGAAAUGAUAUGUAUUACCACCCUGUAGCCCCCAGGGCGGGGCAGGCUGUCUCUGGCCUCAGGUGGGGUGCCAGAGGGUCAGGGAACAAGUGCCUCAUAGUUAGGAAAGUUUAGGCACUAGUGUAAAGUCCAUAUUCAAUUAGACUUUUGUACAAGUGACGUCAUGCCUCAAGGAAGCCAUAAACCUGGUAGAGAAUAGCUAGCUGUGCACAUGUGCUCAGCCCCAGCUGUGGGAAACAGCAGGUCCAGCCCUCUCGCAGAGGAUGGGCGCCUGGCUGAGGGCGGACAAGCCCUGCCCUCUCGUUCGGAGUGCACUGAGGCACUCACCCAGGCCCACCUGCCCACAGGCAUGGUGGGGAAGGUUAAAGGUGAUGACGAUCACCAUACCUGUGUCAUUACCUCAGCCAUUGGUCUAGCAUAUCAGACAUUCACUGGGCCCAGCAUAUCCAUUUUUAAACCCUUCCCCGCAAAAUACACUGCUUCCUGGUUCCUGUUUAGCUGUUCUGAAACAUAGUGUGUAAGUCAGGACCUACGUACCAGCUGUCAUCCUGAGAAAAGCAGGACCUUAUAAACGAGGUUUUCUGUUAUGUGACGCCAGUUUACAUGAGAGAGCAUCACUCAGAUGGUCGGUUUCUGACUGUCCGGCUAAGGGCAACUGUAAACUGGAAUAAUAAUGCACUCGCAACCAGGUCAACUUAGGUACGCUAGUUUGUUUAAAAAUUAUAGAUUUACUGUACAUGACUUGUAAUAUACUAUAAUUUGUAUUUGUAAAGAGAUGGUCUAUAUUU